AUGGAGGCGGUCAGGUGGGACGAGCGGAGACGACAGUUCCUCCAGGAGACGAUCGAGGAGGCGAGACCGAGCAUGGCGACGCUGAAGGAAAACGCCGACUACAUCAGCCAGAUGGCCGACUACAUCGAGAGCACUUAUGCUGAAGAACCGCAGUCGGCAGAGAGCUUGAUCGACCAGGGACGAGACUACAUAAUAGAUUCCACCAUCACUACAGUGACAUAUCUGGAUCACCUCGUUCAGACCAUGGAGGCUGUCUUCCAAGGACAGGAGCUUGCAAUCGAGUCGAUCACCAACAGCACGGACUCCAUCUGCCACAGAGCCGCGGCAUGCAAGAGAAUGCGGAGCCUCAAGCACCUCGAAGCAAGUAGGAUAGCGACGAAGCCGAACUUGCUGCCUGCUGAUGGCAGUGCAGAGCAGCAUCAGCUCGACGACAGCGUGCUUCCGAGACACGCUCGCUCUACCAACUUGGCCCACAACUCCUGGCAACAACCGACGCAGGGCCUGCCUGGGGACGCUGCGAGUCGAGCGUCACGGAAGAAGCCGAAACCUCCUCCUCCUGUCAACCUCCCACCUGGGAAAGGCUCGUCUCCCAACAAGCCUCCUCCUCCUCGCAAGCCUCCAGCUCCAUCUGCUCCGAAGGCUCGAACGAUGAGCUCUGUCACUGAAGCAGGAGAAGUAGGAGGAGAGGGAGGAGGAGGAGGAGGAGGAGGAGGAGCAGCAGCAGCAGCAGCAGGAGAACUUGCUGUUGAAUCGAAACUGAACGAGACGCUGCGCGCGGUUCUCGCAGGAGAGGAGGAGAGAAGGUUGACGCCGGGUAUCAUAGUCCCCCUGCAUCCGCACGACAGCGACGAGCACGAGCACGAGCACGAGCACGAGCACGAGCACGAGCACGAGGAGCAGGAAGAACAGGAGGAGGGAAGAGAGGACGGGGAGGAAGAAGCCCGCAAGAGGAUAGAGGAGGAGGAGGCUGCACAGAGGAGGGAGGAGGAGGACACGAACAACGCGAAGGUCGAGGAAGAAGCUCGCAGAAGAGAAGAGGAGGAGGAGACGAGGAAGGAAGACGAAAGGAGGAGGGAGGAGUCCAGGAGGAAGGAGGAAGAGGAAACCCGCCGUCGGCAACAGGAGGAGGCUCAGAGGAGGGAGGAGCAGGAGCAGGCUCGGAGGAAGGAAGAACAAGAUGCUCAGAAGCAGCAGCAAGAAGGAGGAGAGGCUGACAAGCACGAGGAAGCGAUGAAGGAAGCCGCACCCAAGAUGAAGAUCAAGAAGGUUGUCGCUCCGGGAAUGAGCCUCCAAGAUGAACUUGCGGUAUUCAUGACUGUUCUCCUCCUCUCUCCUCAAUCGCCCGUCUGA